AUGACUUCAGCAUCUCCUGUCGCUGGUGCUAGCCAGCCCUUCUUAAAGAAAGAGGAAUACGAUUCUAAUGAUGAAUACACUUUCCUCUCUUCAAGCAAGACUGAAGCAAAGAAGGGCGACCCACAUCAGGCCAUCUUCAUCGAUGAUGAUGAUGAUGGUGAUGACGAUGACAAGGAGAGUAUUUCGGGGCUAUUUACCCGGCCUCGACAGACUUCAGGUAACGACAACCUUAAUAUCGUCAAGGAAGAGAGCGACGAGGAAAAGGAGAGCUUCAAGAAAAAGAGACUGAAGCCUCAAAGCAAAGACACCAUUACAGUCGGAGACUUCUGUGACACGAUCAAUGUUGACCCGGAGUCUAGUGACGAAGAGGACGAUCCAGAUUCUGCACACGAGGAGGACUCAGAUUAUCACGACUCAGACGACUCAAACAACUCAGACCACUCGGACAACUCGGAUGACUCUGACGAUUCAGAAACUGAGCAGAAGAAGCACAAGCCAAAACGAGGUGUUUUUAAAACCUCGUAUAUCAGAAAGCUUGUCAAAAAAUGCGAGAAUAAAAAAAAUGCUUUGCUCGUCAGGAAGUACAUGGGAGAAAAGUUGAGUCUUGCGGAGUGCGAGAAACUCGAAAAGCUGAAGGAUCGAAUCCCCAAAGCAAAGAAGGCACUUGAGAAAUAUGCGAGAGAAUCUCCACCAAAAACUGCUCGAGAGUACUGGCAGCGGCAUCUGAAGCGACAGGAGGAAAAAGAAGACAGAAAACGCAAACGUGACGGCGAUGAGACAACCCCGAACAAACUUCAAAAAACAGACAUGCAAGCUGGAACUUUUGGUGGAGCUGAAAACCCUGGUUUCUUAAGAGCAGCAGCCCUUUUCACCUCGAAAGGGGCUCAAGAUGAUGACGACGACGACAGUGAACCAGCGGACAAGAUCAAGGCCACAACUCAUGCGGCCCAGAUGAGGCAGAUCAUGGCUGGCAUUCCCGAGGGCAAUGAUACCCGACAUACCAAGACGCAAAAGAAGGAUCUAAUGAAAGCCAAGAAAUGCUUCGGGUACAAGCAGAUUAAGGCUAUUGACGGGAAGUGGAAGCUCAAAGGGAUGGAAACCCCUAUGCACAGUCAGCAGCUCGUGGCCGCUACCUGGAUGGUCAGGCGUGAAGCCAUGGGAUUGCAUCCGGCAGGAGGUAUCCUGGCCGACGAGAUGGGUCUUGGAAAGACUAUCACGGCUUUGGCGACAAUCAUCGGCCAUCCAGCAGAGCGAGAGGACAGAGUUGAUGGUUAUGGUAAGGCAACUUUGGUGAUUGCUGAUAGUCCUAAUUCGGCCUCAUGGACCUGGAUGGAUCAAAUCAACAAUCAUACCUCAGGAGGCUUUGCCGAUAAGUGCCUGAUAUAUGACAAGGAGCUUCACAAAAGUGCAAGAUCGUUGAGUACGAGGAAUGUGGUCAAAAGGGAACGCCAAAUGCUAAAGGCCAAAUGGGCGGGAGACGAGAGCAGUUUUCAGCAAGCACUUUCAAAGAAGCUCGGCCUACUCUACAAAGUCAACUGGUAUCGAAUCAUUUUGGACGAGGCUCAUGGUAUAAAGAACCACACCUCAAGUGGUGCUCUCGCCGUCUGGCGACUGAACGCCAAAUACCGUUGGGCUUUGACUGGCACACCCCUCGCCAACAAACUGGAAGAGUUCUUUCCCUACUUGAAGUUUAUUGGUUGCGAUUUUGCAACUACCAUGAAAAGAUACCGAGCUGAGUAUGUCACGAGCGACCAGGCAUCUGAAAACUUCGAACAAUUAGUGGCCCUUGUCAUGAUGAGACGACAGCAGACUGAGAAGUUCCUGGGACACACUAUGGUUCCCCUGCCAAAAGACCAUCGUAGUGAUAUCUGGAUUCCUUGUUCAAGCUGGGAGAAGAUCCUUUUAGAGGUUGUGGAUGGUGCAUACCAAGAAAAGCUUCUCGAGGCCCAAAAUGAAAGCCAAGAUACUGCUGCACAUGAACUCCAACCACAUCAGGAUACCGAGGAGAAUGAAGUUGAAUCCGACGACGAGAGUGAAGCUGACAUCGAAGGUGACGAGAACAACGGCUCCAAUGCUCUAGACGCGUACAGAAUUCAGCUCCUGAGAUGUAUGAGGCUCCUGCAACUCACGUCUCACCCUCUCACCCUUGAGAAGUUCUAUAGAGAGGAAGACCAUGACGCAUAUAUUGACCUGACCCUUGAGCGCCUGAAAUCAGAAAUCGCUCAAUCAAAUCUCGAUGCAGACCAGAAGGCUCUGGAAGUGUCUCUCGAGCCAGCCUAUUCCUCAGGGCUCCGACAGUUGGAGUUGGUGAUCAAAGACAACUUUGGGGGUAGUGAGGAGAUGGCAGAGCUACUCACACUUGCGGCUAAUGAGAAAAUGGUCAAAAACGUCACCUGUGCUCUCUGCCGCCAGAGAACACCUCCUGAGAAACCCGUCCAGAGCUCCAACUGCGAGCAUAUCUACUGCAGAGACUGCCUUUCAAUUGCAACCAGCGGCGUUACCAAAACGGGUCGCCCUCGCGUGCCUGCCCAGUGUCGCGUCCCGGGAUGCUCUCCAAAACUUGGCAUGGGGCAAGCGGUAAAGACUCCGGAAUGCAUUGAUUCAGCUGUAAAAGCUAUAAAACGUUACAAGGAGCCUGGCCGUGACAGUAUUGGCACACGGUGGACAGGCGGCCCAAAGGACAUGGCCUCGUUCUUUCGCGCUGUUUGUGGCCGCGAUGACAUUGACUAUGGUCCUGUCAGGAUGCCCUUGAGCUCCAAAGUCAAAGCCACUUUGGCAGUAAUGCUGACGUGGAUGAGAGAGGCCCCCGAUGACAAGGUAAUCAUUUAUGUCCAGUGGACUAGAACUGCAAAGGCUCUCGGGUGUGUUCUUGAGAGCCUGGGAAUCCAAUUUCUCUAUUACAACCGUAUGGCGAACCAGAAGCAGAAGAAUCGAGCACUAGGUGAGUUCACCGAUAACCCUGACGUCAAGAUUCUAGUGUCGUCAAUGAAGUGCGGUGGACAGUCCUUGAAUCUCCAAAUGGCCAACCGCAUCAUCAUCGUUGACGAAUGGUGGAACAAAGCUGUUGAGGAACAAGCUUUCAAGAGGGUCUACAGAACUGGCCAGUUGAAAGAGACUCAUCUUGUUCGCAUCAUCGCGAAGGAUACCAUUGACGAACGUAUCAUCAUGCUGCAAGACGCCAAGGAAGAGGUCAUCCGAGCGGCUCUGCAGGACGGGGAGAUGCAGCCAAACUUCUCCAACUAUAUUCAGCUUCAAAUGCUCUUUUCCGGAAAGGACAAACAGACGCUGAUCGCAGAGAUGGAGGCGGAAGUUCGUGCCAAACAGGCUAAGCAGUGA